GAACUGUCGCUGCUGUGUUACUUUAGUUGUAGACGUAUUGUCGGCUCUGAAAAUUAUGGACGGCAUUAAACUCAGGGAAUGGUAUUGCUGAGGUUUUUUUUAAAUGCCAAAAGACGUCGGCAAUUAAGGCCAAAUCCGUAUUUAUUCGGCGUAGAGUGACUGCUGAGUUUCCAUCAUGCCUCUGGUGACGCGAAACAUCGAACCACGGCACCUUUGUCGCCAGACACUGCCAAAUACAAUCAAGAGUGAGCUGGAGUGUGUGACCAACAUAACACUUGCCAACAUCAUUCGCCAGCUUGGCUCCCUUAGUAAGUAUGCAGAGGAUGUGUUUGGUGAACUGUUUGUUCAGGCCAGCUCAUUUGCAGAACGGGUAAACACACUGGGAGACAGAGUGGACAAGCUGCAGGUCAAAGUCACCCAGUUGGACCCUAAAGAAGAAGAGGUGUCUCUUCAGGCAAUCACGUCCCGCAAAGCAUUCCACUCUAAUUUUAUCCAGGAUCAGCAGCUAUUCAUUAGGGAUUCACUACCCCAGCCUAUCCAAGAGACCUAUUUGACCUGCAGCCAGCCACCACCCCUCAACAAUCUUAGCAUUUACAGGGAGGAUGGUAAGGAGGCUUUGAAGUUCUACACUGAUCCUUCUUAUUUCUUUGACCUUUGGAAAGAGAAAAUGCUUCAAGAUACUAAGGAUAUUAUGAAAGAGAAACGUAAACACAAGAAGAGGAAAGAUGACAACCUCAACCGAGGGAACUUCAACCCUCGAAAGAUCAAAACUCGUAAAGAAGAAUGGGAACGUCUGAAAAUGGGGGAGGAGUUUGUUUACCCCAAAAAUAAUAUCAUAAGCUCUUUAGAACGGUUGAAUGGCAGUACUGGCUCUGGUGAUGAUACAGGUUUUAAUAACUCUGAUGGGUAUUUAGACCAAAGCACUGGCUCCUACAGCUAUGAUCCUGGCUCUCCACUUCCACCUCCAAUGCAAGAAGACUUACCACCACCACCUCCUGACAUGCCUUAUCAUGAUGGACAAUCUGGUGCUGUGCACCAGAAGCGUAGCAGUGUUUUAAGCCCCAGUCAUCCUCCUCCUGCUCCACCAGCCAUGGCUACCUCUCCCCCAGGCCGUCUGACUGUGGCCCCCCCUAUGGAACCCCCUCCACCUCCACCUCCUGGUGGGAUGGUCCCACCUCCACCUCCUCUAGGAUAUGAUUCUCCCCCUUCUCCUCCACCUACAUUCUCCAACGAUAUUGCUUCCAUCCCACCUCCACCACCCAUGGAUGCCUGUAUUCCAGCUCCACCUCCUCCACCCAUGUCAGGUGGACCACCUCCUCCUCCCCCUCCUCCUCCUCCCCCAGGCCCACCUCCUCCCUCUGCUUCAGGCCCACCUCCCUCAGGAGGACUUCAUGCCACCACAACAACCAAAGCCCAGCCUGCUCCAGCCGCGAGUGAUGGACGCAGUGACCUUCUUGCAGCUAUCCGUCAAGGAUUUAACCUGCGUAAAGUGGAGGAACAGAGAGAGCAGGAGAAGAGAGAUCACAAUGGCAACGAUGUUGCAGCCAUCCUGUCCCGCCGCAUUGCUGUGGAGUGCAGUGACUCCGAGGAUGAUUCAUCUGAGUUUGAUGAUGAUUGGUCUGACUAAAGCUAUCAUCCCACUCCUCAUCACCUGUUAUGACCUGUUUAGAUCAUUCCUUUUAGACAUCACACUUCUCAUACCCGUUUACCUUCAGUGAAGCCAAAAGCAAAGCAAGGAGGAGCGUGCCAAUGAUUGUGUCCAUGUCCAGACUCUAUUCUAAAUGAGACCGUGAAUUAUUUAGUCCAUUAGCCUUCUCCUGUUUCGGUUCCUGUACGUCUGUAUAAUGUGGCCAAAGUAAGGUAAACUGAGACUGUGUGUGUUUUAUGUGUGUGUUUGUGUGUGUUUGUGUGUGCACUUGUGGGUAUGUGUUUCCAUAUUUCUCUUUAUACAUCAGUAUCCUAUCUGUAAAAAUCCCAAAUGGAUUAACAUUUUCUCUAUAUUAACUAAUCACAUUAAGCCUUCCUUACUACACUGUAAAUAAUUACUGUCAAUUUACAGCCAAAUACCUACAGCAAUCUACUGUGAUUCUUAAAUACAGUAGUUUGAUGUUAAAAAUGUUGCAUUCUGGGAGAUCAAGAGCAGGCUCACUGUGAAGUGACUAAUUUUACAGUAAAUAGCUGUUCUACACAAGGCAUUAGGAGAAAAUGAACAUUUAAAAUCGUGAUAUCAUCUUGGUGAAAGCUACAGUGACAUUUUGAAACAAAUAUAUAUAUCAUGAUGCUUCUGACCAACUCCUCUGUUCUUUAUCAUCUCACAUCAGCCUUCACUUGUCUGUCUAUGAGAAGUCAAAUAAAAAAAAUCAACCUUUGAAGCAAUGUACAUAUUAAAUGUACAGUUUUGCCAAGAUUGAAAAGUGUAUUUUUUAUGAUAAAAACAAAAAAACAACAACAACCUGCACACAGUACAAUAAAAGCAUUGCACUGCAUUGUAGGUUAUAAUGGUGACAUACACUCACCUAAAGGAUUAUUAGGAACACC